CAAAAAAUCAAUUCUUGGAGAUAAAGAUGAAUGCAUAAUAACCGACAACGGAAAAUUUGGUACUUGUGCAUUAGAGGUUGAAUCUUGUUUUUCGAGUAAUUCAAGUGAGGAAGAUGGUAUUGUUAAAUACAAUCCAAAAGAAUCACCAUAUAUCAUUGGCAAUUAUUUUACUUACAAUGAGUCGGCAUGUUUGUUUAUUUAUAACAAUAAAAAGGAAGAAGUGAAGGAGAAGACAGUUUUAAAACGAUUGGCUUUAUACAGUUGGCAAGUAAAAUAUUAUUUAGCCUCAUUAUAA